UGGAACGCCCUGCUAAACUUACAUGCUGCUGCUGGCCACAUAACUUAACCUAAAACACACACAAACAUUUCAAAAGCGGAUUUUGCACAAGACCUUGCCAUAAAAUAGAAAAAAGGGCGAGCGGGCGGCAAUGUGAGAAUAUUUAAAACUUGCUACGUGUUGUUGUUGUUGUAGCUGUGGCAUCUGGACGAGAGUGCAAUUGUGAAAUAUGCUAAGCUCGCAAUUGUGUGCGUAAAGAACAAGGCAAAUCAACCAAUUUGAGGGGCACCCCGCAUUAGCCCAACCACUGAACAGACCUGACUUGUGUCUUAAUGCAAACUAAACAUAAUAAGCAAAAGCGGCAGCAGCAGCAACAGCAAUAUCAAUAUCAGCCAGAAGAGCGUAGAAAACAUUUCGCAUCGCCCGCAGCAUCUGCAUGCGGUUGAGCAGCUCGUGUGGCACGCUCCACUCCUGCCGCAUUUGCCACACGGCGCAUGCUGUGGUGACCCAGUUAAGCGGAUUUGCUGGCGGACAGCAUACCAGUAGAGGACGCGGAUUAUUAAUUUGCCCGGCAUUUUAUUAAGAGGCCCCGGAAACAUGCGCUCCCAGCACCCAGCAACGAUCUUUGCCAGCCUUUGCCUCUGCUUCCUGCUAUACCUCGUCCUGCAGCCACAGCUGCUCCACUGUGCCACAGCGGCAGAACGAGGAUUGGAGGCGGCAACGGCCACAUCGUCAAUAUUAAGGAGCGACAGAAUAAAUGACGGCACAUUUCAUGGAAGUCAAUCAAAGAGAGAGGCGACAUUCGCAAAAUCGGUGCCAUCAAUUCCGGCGACAACGCAAAUUGCCAAAGCAAAUGACGAGCAAACAGCAACAGCAACAACUACAAAAACAACUAUGCAGACAAAUGCAAGUUUGUCUAUUGCAGCAGCAACUGCAUUGCCCAACCACAGCAACAUUAAUAACAUAAGCAACAAUGAGGCUCGACAUGGGCAGGGGACAAGCGGAUACACAAUGGCCACAUCCGUACCGGUGGUGACGGCCGCGCUGCAAGCAAAUCUUAUUAUGAGCAAUAGAAAUGUGGAGGAGCAGGAGCCAUUGGAGCACAAGCACAAAAUUACGCAGUACAACGCAUUGUUGCCAGCCAACAAGGGCAACAGCUCCACGGCAACAGUGGAGGCAGCCACAGCAGCAGCAGCAACAACGGAGGAGUCAACAACAACGACAACAACGACAACACGUCGACCAACACCGAGCACUACGCUGAAGCCACCGCCAACAAUAGAUGAUUACCAGACAAUAAUUAGCCAAGCGGGAACCCAUGCCUACCUGCCCUGCAAUGUCAAGCAGCUGGUAAAGAAGCCCAUCUCUUGGCUCCGCAUGCGGGAUGGGCACAUCCUCACCGUGGAUCAGACCACCUUCAUAGCGGAUCAACGCUUUCAGUCGGUAUUCUCCCCGAACCCUGAGCGCUGGUCUCUGCAGAUCAAAUAUGUGCAACUCAAGGAUGAGGGCACCUACGAGUGUCAGGUGUCCACGGAGCCCAAGGCCAGUGCGAUUGUACACUUGCGGAUUGUGGAACCUAAAACGGAAUUAAUUGGCGAGUCCACGCGUCACGUGAAGGCCGGAAGUCAAGUGAAACUACGAUGCAUAAUUAGCCAGGCACUGGAGCCGCCACUUUUCAUUAAUUGGUUUUACAAUCAGAAGCAAAUCUAUUUGCAUAAUCGUCGCGGCUGGCGAACGGAAAUUGAGCGCAUCGAUCUGCCAACGGAAGUGCCAACGAUGCCGACAGCGGCAACAGCGGUAACGUCACCGUCAACGUCUACAUCGACGUCAACGUCGACGUCGACAUCGGCUGCAGCAGAUACCCUAAAUGAUAUAGCGGCCAUAACACGUUCGUACAUUCUAGACGCGAUAACGGUGAGCGAUGUGGCUGUCAUCGCCGGAUAUGGUUACGUGCUGCCAACUAUAGCUACGGCCACGCCUACAACAUCCACAAUGUCAACGACGACAGCUGCAGCCGUUGCAUUUGCAGCAGGCGUUGCCACUGAAGCAGGCGCCCGGUUAGCAACAGCACCUGAUGCGCUGACAACAACAGCAGCAGCAGCAGCCAUGACAACCGCAACAGCAACAACUACGACCGAGCCAAGCACAACAACAACAUCGACGACAACUAUAGCGGCAACUACAACAACAACAACAACAACAACAAUGCUGCCAAGCAGCAGUUUCAUUAAGCAGAUAACGACCGCGUCGCUUAUCAUACCCGCCGUGGUGAAGCUGGACUCUGGCAACUAUACGUGCAGCCCCUCGAACAGUGCCCCGCGCACCAUUGUGCUGCACGUGCUAAACGGUGAAUACUCCGCAUCGGCCAUUAAGUCAGGCAGCAUCAGCUGGAAUACGCUAAUUGGGUGUCCGGGCUAUUUGCCGUGGCGGAACAUUUCAACGAUUUUGACACUUUUGUGGAUUAUUAAAUUUAUGUCCGCCAGAAAUGUGGCAAGCUGCAGCAAUCAUGGCUAUAACCAAUUCAACAAACACCCUGCAACAGCGCUCCAGGGGCCAAAAUCGCCAACAAGGACAACAUGCACCACAACAGCAGACGAAACUGUCAGCCGCAGGCUCUGCGCACAGACUCAGACGACUGCCCGCAGGCACGGACUCGGCGGUGACUACGGCGGCAGCUGUGGCCACGUCAGCAGCUCAAUUAGUGGUACCAAAGUGGCCGAGGAUAAAACUUGAGCAAUAAACCAACGGCAACAGCAGCAGCAGCUGAAGAAGCAGAAUAACACAAGGAUGCUACCCGCUGCAAACUUGAAAUAUGCCUAGAAAUUUAAGUCCAACCAAUGAGAUACAUUUGCAAAAUGUAGCUACGAGUAUGUUUUAACGUAAAUACACUACAAAUGCAUAAGCGAGCUCAUGUAUUGCCAUAAAGUCAACAUAUUGCUUACAGAUA